GGAUGAUAGGAUUUGUUUAUGAAAGGAUAGCUCCGCAGCCACUGAACGGCGAGGGUUCACGUAGAGUUCGAGCUCGGCUAAGAAAGCUGCCUCCUUGAAUCUUCCGUAUGGCGUCCAUGGCGUUCUUCUCCGCCCGCUCGAUCGUCACCAAUCUCUCAUGUCGGAAGAGACAGGCGCCGUUGCCGAAUAAGAGAAUUCGAUGCGUCGGUUGGGAUCCAGAGGGCAUCCUCGGGCCGCCCCAGCGAGGUCACAUCGCUCGACUCGAAUUUAGGAAGCAACUGGAGAAGGACGCGGUUACUCGGGAGGCCUUCAACCGCCAGCUGCGAGAGGAGCGGGAGCAGCGCCGCCGGCGCCGCGAGUCUCGCGUAGUCCCGGAGACGAUUGACGGACUGAUUGAGUAUUUCCUUGACACUGAAGCACGGGAGAUUGAAGUGGAGAUUGCGAGGUUGAGGUCGCGAUUAAACAAAGAGUUCUUUGAUCACCUACAAACUGAACUUGGGCAACUUCGAUUUGCAAUCAAUAGAACCAAGGAAAUAGAAGACAGGACAAUUGAGUUGGAAGCCAUGCAGAAGGUCUUGCUAGAGGGCACAGAAGCAUAUGAUAAGAUGCAAAUGGAUUUUGUAUCAGCAAGGGAAAGGCUUAUGAAAAUACUACAGGCCAAAGACAGGAAAUCAGCUAUACUGGAGUUGGUUGAGAAAAAUGAGCUGAACAGGUCUGUCUUGGCUUUACUAGAUGAGAAUAUAGCAAGUGCCCAAGCUAGUAAUCAGAAAGAAGCUGCAGAUUUUAUGGAGAGCGUCCGUGCCACUGUUGUGAAGUAUAUAACACUAUGAUGUCCCAAUUAUUCCUUUGUAAUCUUUGUUUAUACUUAACGGCCUGAGCUGCAAUCGAUACAGUAUCUUUCAACCUUCUGUUGUUAACAAAGAUCAAAUUUGUGCUAUUUCGGUGCUAUGAAGAAUGUUUAUUGAGCUUGUUACUUAUCUUAA